AUUCACCACCAUCCUCAACCGCAACGCUGCAGUCUGCGGUCUGGAUUCCUUCGAGCUGCGCAAGCUUCUUCCCACAUCCUUCUCACCUCGUAUAAAUCCUCCCCUUUCCUCAUCGACCUAUCCAGCUCGUUGCUCUCCAUACAUCAAAACACAUUCACUCUAGGUUUCAAACCUUCUGAAUCUUCUGCGGCUUACUCUCAUCCUCGCCUCAUCCACAAUGUCUGGUCCUUACGAUUCCUACGGCGGCGGUCAGGGCUACGGCUCCCAAUACCCUCAGCAAGGAUACGGAGGCGGUCAAGGCUACCCUCCUCAGCAGGGAUACAAUCAACAGUGUCCUCCUCAACAAGGCUACCAACAACAAUAUCCUCCUCAAGACCAAGGCUUUGGCCCACCUCGCCGACAAGAUUCCUUCGGUCCCCCGCAAUCUGGCGGCUUCCAACAUGGUCAAGCUGGCUACCAGUACGGCGCCUACGACGCUAGCAACCCACAAGGCCAUUCGGGAUACUAUGGCAGCAAUGCCCCUCAGCAGUACGGCAGCAACGAUGCCUACGCCCAGAACCAGGCCUACCAGCAACAAAUGGCCCAGCACGGUGGUCAACAACAGCAACCAGGUCAGCAGGGUACAAGCCUGCCCCCCGAGGUGGCCAACCAUCAAUUUUCCCCUCAGUCGACUGACCCCAACGCGCCAAACUACGAUCCCAACGCUCCUCCGAUGACCGAGAGCGAUCGUGGCCUCCUCGGCGCCAUCGGUGGCGGCUUCGGUGGCCACUUCCUGGGCAAACAGGCCGGCCACGGCUUCCUGGGAACCAUCGGCGGUGCUCUUCUCGGCAGCGUGGCUGAAGACUUUUUGAAGGACAAGAAGAAGCAGCACCACAGCAGCGGCAACAGCAGCUGGGGCGGCGGCAGCAGAUACUAGAUUCAUACACCGACAGAUUCCCACCGCCUGAGGGUUGGGUCUCCUUUGGAAUGAGCUGAUACAGAGAGGAAUACUUGGUCACGACUCAUGACGACAUUGUACUUGAUUCAGUGCUUUUCGAUGCAUCACGAGAUGCAUCUGCUUUUCAUCCUUAACGGCUGUGCAGGACAGGGAGGGUUUUGGCAUUCAUAAAGUAAAUUGAAGACAUUACUCUGA